UGCUUGCAGAGCUAGAGCGCGACAGAUCUCGUUUUAGCACAGCGCCAUCGUCUGAUCGCUCGGAUCCACUGAUCGCGCCCAUAAUCAAGAUGGCGAGCCAGUCGCAACAGCAUGUGGUUGAAAAUGUCUUAAAACAAGCUGAACUUCAAGAGAAAAGAUUCAAGACAACCGAAGUUGAUAAAGCUCUAGAUGUUGAUCUUGAUCUGGGGAAUCUUCUGGCUGUCGAUCCGAACCCGUUAAGUUUAAAGGAAUUUAAGCAAAACAGAGAAUCCUUUCUGACGUCGUUAACAAGAGAUAACACACAACUCCUGUUCAAUGAGAUAUGGAAGCUUCCCGUGGAGAGAUCAGAUGAUGUAAUCAUAGCAAAGAUGCCGGAACCAACAACAAUUUUGCCUAGAGAAAAGCAUGUACCAAAAGAUAAGCCCAUGACAAGAUGGGAACAGUAUUCAAAAGUGAAGGGGAUUCAGAAGAGGAAAAAGAGCCGCAAAGUCUGGGAUGAGGAACAGAAGAAAUGGGUACCUCGCUGGGGUUACGGCAGCAAGAAUGACGAGAGUAGAGAUUGGAUGAUGGAGAUUCCAGACAAUGCAGAUCCUUAUGAGGACCAGUUUGCUAAGAAGAGGAAGGAGAAACGGGAGAGGGUUGCUAAGAAUGAGUUCCAACGACUGCGGAAUGUUGCCAGAGCACAGAGACUCAAAAUCCCUGGUCACGGCGUCAAACCAAAGGCACUGUCUAAUAAACCAGAAGUCAACAUGGCCAUCCAUGCCGCUAAACAAUCCACAGCGUCCAUCGGAAAGUUUGAACGUAAACUGCCCAAGGAACCAAUCACAAAGCAAAUGGGCAAAAGAAGAAAGUUUGAUCCCCUGUGCGGUGAUAUUAAGAAAGAACACAGCCGAGAGUUGGCCAUUCUGGAUAGUAUGAACAGAAAGAAGCCGAAAAUGGACGUGACUAGGGCCGUCAACAAGGAGAUACAGGAAACCCAGGCAUCACAGCAGGCAGACAAGGGAGAUAGAAGAAAGGGAAAAUCAGGGAAGAAGACCAAAAUAUCCAAGAAGGCACUGCCUAAGACAACUAAGAGAAAGAAAGGAGGCAACUCGAAGAAAACAAGGAGACAUUAAUGAGACAUUUUCGCUGAGCAUUUAAGAUGCUUUAAUGCUUUGGAGUCUUGUUUUUCAAAAAUCAGGUGUAUACGUGGCACCUCUUUGCUUGAUCUUAACCCUUCAGGAUACUUUGUUUAGAAACCCUGCUCACAGCAACAUCAUGCAACAUUUGACAAAGUGAGAAUCCUGCUUAACAGGUGUAACAAGAUCAAUCAGGUUAAAAUUUCUCAAGGCCAAAGUGCCUCAAUGUCUGUGGUUGCCAACGGGGUACAACAGUGGCACUGUUCAAUAGGCCUUUUCACACUAGACAAAUGUCGAGGUUGACAAGGGGUUGACGUAGGGGUUGAGAACAUGGAGCAUUUCACACUUGAAAAUGUUCAACCCAUGUUCAACCCAUGUUCAACCCAUCACCAACCCUGCGCCAACCCUGAGAUUGAUUUCGCCCUGGGUCGAACUCCUCCCUGCCCCAGACUUUGGUUGAGAUUUUCAACCCCGUUUGAACAUCUCGUAAGGGUUCAAAACAGUAGUAACCGAACAAAAUAAGCUGGGUUUGCACUACACAAGUGUGAAACGAUGCGGGGUUGUAAUUCAAAAACUUAACCGGGGGUGGCACUGGGUUCACCCAGGGUCGAGUUCAACCCGGGUUGAGAGACUCUAGUGUGAAAAGGCCUAAUGGGACUAGCUCCCAUUGUUUCAGAAUUGGCACUUUAUGCAUCGGUGUUGAUGGCUCAAUGCUGCAAGGUCCCACAGAUUUAUACACCUGUUGCAUUGUGUUGCCUCUGGCAGGGUUACGAUUAACUGGAAUUGAUACCCCUCUUGAAAGAUCUUAACCUCUCUACUACACCCUUCCAAAUACCUCAGUAUUCAAGCCUUAAGAAAAUAACCUGUGUUUGCUACAUGGACAUUACUCCAAGGAAUGCUAAGCUUAUACCAAGAUAAGCAAAUUGGCAAUCUCAAUUUCUUCAUUUUUUGUAAUGUUUUUUUGCAAGUUGGCUUUUGCAUCCUCUAAUGCAUUUUUUUUUAUGUGGAAAGUAUUUGCACAACCGACUGGCCAGCCAACAUGACGUUGAAAGAGCUUGUAGACCAUGAGACAUGUAUCUCUCUGCUGCAUAACAAAAUUUGAUCUAAAACACAUGGAUUGUACUCUUUUUUUUAUUCAUUGUACACAGCAAUAAUUAUGAGUAAUAAAACUGAAUCCAUGUACAUGAA